GGGAGGGACUGGGCGGAAGCCGGAUCCCCAGCCUUUCCGCUUGUAUUUCUGAUUACCGGUGGGAACCAUCGACCUUUCCCUUUCGGACAGAGCCUGUAAAUCAGUGAUGUCUAACCUUCCUAGGAUCACAGACUCCUUUGGAAAAGCCAGGGACCUUCUUUCCAGAAAGAAUGCGCAGAGGCGGGAAACUCCGCAGACUCCUGCAGAGGCCUCCGGGACGUCAGCCGAGGUUACCCGGGGAUGUCGAGGAUCCAAGUUAAGAAUCCGCUUUCAGACAAAACUCUGUCUUCCUUUACAGAGAGCCGGGCCAUGUCGCCACGCGCAGUGCCCUGGCCUGAACCAGGGGCCAGCUGGCCAGGAGGCGAGGGCAGCGGUGGCUUUGGGUCAGCGCCUGGGCGUCGCGGGAAGGACCCACAGGCAGGUGUUCCCAGGACGCCUUCCAAGGGCCGGCCCCUGAGCCGGGCGCUGGCGACACAGAGACGGACCGGGGUCCGAGUCCCGUCCGCUGAGCGCGAGUAGGACCCCAGCCCGCCGGUCCGGCUGCGUGGGGUGGCACGGCCCGCGGAGGGCCCCGCGCUCGCCACCGCCUGCGCCGCGCGCCCGCGGAGUCCCCGCCCCGGCCUCCGCCUCCCCCGCCCCCUCCCCCUCCCUCCGGCUCGGCCGCGUUCGGUGCUCCGCGCUCCGCGCUCGGGUCGCCGGCUCGAUGGGGAAAGCGGCCGCUCUGUGCCGAGGCGGCGGCUGCUGCGGCCGCUUCCGCGGGCUGUCGUCGUCGCUGUCCACUGUUGUCCCCUGUCUAUCCUGCCACGCGGCCGCACCGAGCAUGAGCGCCCCCACGCCCGACUCCGGACGGGAGCCGAAGCCGAAGCCCCAGCCCCAGCCCCAGCCGGUGCCCGCGCCCGAGUGGAAGACGGGGCCGGAACAGGUGCCGCGGCCAGGUUGGGAGCCAGGGCCGAGAUCGCAGCGAUCGCAGCCAUCGCAGCCGGAGCCCCAGAAGACGCCUCCGCCGAGGCCGGGGUACAAACCGGAAUCGGACCUGCAGCCGGGGCGGGAGACAGGGCCCCGGCAAGAGUUGGGCCCACGUGUAGGGGAAGGACAACCCCCCAAGGCCUCAUCUGGAAGGCCGCCGGCGCCCGUGGGGAGCGUGCCCUCUACCAGACCCGAGUCAGGGGCGCAGCCCGCGUCAAAGCCCCCAGCUCUCCCGCGACCAGGACAGCUGAGGGUGCCUUAUGGGGUCCCAAUUGCAGGGGCUGGCACCGCCUCCGCCGCCCCGAAGGCCGUGGUGCCUCUGGACAGCUUCAAGGGCUGGCUCUUCAAGUGGACCAACUACCUGAAGGGCUACCAGCGGCGCUGGUUCGUGCUCAGCAACGGCCUGCUGUCGUACUACAGAAACGAGGGCGAAAUGGCCCACACCUGCCGGGGCACCAUCAACAUGUCCACCGCGCACUUUGACAGGGAGGAUUAUUGCAGUAUCGUGCUGACCAGUGGGGCAAAGACCUACCACCUCAAGGCCAGCUCGGAUGUGGAGCGGCAGCAGUGGAUCACCGCCCUGGAGCUGGCCAAGGCCAAGGCUGUCCGCAUGAUGGGGAGCCAUUCAGAUGACUCUGGGGACGACGACGACGACGACGAGACUGCCUCCCCAGCUGACAAGACUGAGCUCCAGAGCACCAUCAAGAACCUCUCCCUGAAGCUCGAUGACCUCAGCACGUGCCACGACCUCCUCGCCAAGCACGGCACCGCGCUGCAGCGCUCCCUGAACGAGCUGGAGGGCCUGCGCAUCCCCUACGACAGCAGCGAGAAGCUGAAGGCGGUGAACGAGCGGGCCACCCUCUUCCGCAUCACGUCCAAUGCUAUGAUCAACGCCUGCAGGGACUUCGUGGCACUAGCGGAGGCGCACAGCCGGAAAUGGCAGCGGGCGCUGCAGCGUGAGCAGGAGCAGCGCAUCCACCUGGAGGAGACCAUCGAGCAGCUGGCCAAACAGCACAACAGCCUUGAGCGGGCCUUCCGCAACAGCCUGCCCGGCCGGUCCUCCGGCCCCAACAAGAACCUCGACCCAGAAAGCCUCUUGACUUCCAAGGAAGAGGACAGUGAGGAAGAUGAGGAUACGGAGUAUUUCGACGCCAUGGAAGACUCCACCGCCUUCAUCACUGUGAUCACCGAGGCCAAGGAGGACAGAAAAACUGAGGGUGGGACCACAGGCCCUGUGGACUGGACCCCGGCAGACAAUGUACAGGACGGCGCUUCACUCAUGCCCAAGGGCCCCCCCAAAGUCAAGAGGCGUGUCCGCAUCCCCGACAAGCCCAACUACAGCCUUAAUCUCUGGAGCAUCAUGAAGAACUGCAUCGGCCGGGAGCUCUCCAAGAUCCCCAUGCCGGUCAACUUCAACGAGCCCCUGUCCAUGCUCCAGCGGCUGACGGAGGACCUGGAGUACCACCACCUGCUGGACAAGGCGGUGCACUGCAGCAGCUCGGUGGAGCAGAUGUGCCUGGUGGCCGCCUUCUCCGUGUCCUCCUACUCCACCACGGUGCACCGCAUCGCCAAGCCUUUCAACCCCAUGCUCGGGGAGACCUUCGAGCUGGACCGCCUCGAGGACAUGGGCCUGCGCUCCCUCUGCGAGCAGGUGAGCCACCACCCUCCAUCAGCCGCGCACCACGUGUUCUCCAAGAAUGGCUGGAGCCUCUGGCAGGAGAUCACCAUCUCCAGCAAGUUCCGGGGCAAAUACCUCUCCAUCAUGCCGCUAGGUGCCAUCCACUUAGAAUUUCAGGCCAGUGGGAAUCACUACGUGUGGAGGAAAAGCACCUCAACUGUGCAUAACAUCAUCGUGGGCAAGCUCUGGAUCGACCAGACGGGGGACAUAGAGAUUGUGAACCAUCAGACCAAGGACCGGUGCCAGCUGAAGUUCCUGCCCUGCAGCUACUUCUCCAAGGAGGUGGCCCGGAAGGUGACAGGCGUGGUGAGUGAUGGCCAGGGCAAGGCCCACUACGUGCUGUCAGGCUCGUGGGAUGAGCAGAUGGAGUACGCCAAGAUCAUGCAGAGCAGCUCCAGCAGCCCCAGCAUGGACGGCAAGCAUAAGACCGUGUACCAGACGCUGCCGGCCAAGCUGCUGUGGAAGAAGUACCCGCUGCCGGAGAACGCCGAGAACAUGUACUACUUCUCCGAGCUGGCCCUGACCCUCAACGAGCACGAGGAGGGCGUGGCGCCCACGGACAGCCGGCUGCGGCCCGACCAGCGGCUGAUGGAGAAGGGGCAGUGGGACGAGGCGAACACGGAGAAGCAGCGGCUGGAGGAGAAGCAGCGGCUGUGGCGGCGCCGGCGGGCCGAGGCCUGCUCCCGGGGCUGCAGCAUGGAGGACGAGAAGGAGACCGAGGUGCACACGCCGCUGUGGUUCGAGAGGAGGCUGGACCCGCUGACCGGGGAGACGGCCUGCAUGUACAAGGGCGGCUACUGGGAGGCCAAGGAGAAGCAGGACUGGCACAUGUGCCCCAACAUCUUCUGAACGCCGCCCUCCUGCCCACCAGGCUCCGCCCGGCCGGGCCCACCUGUAGUGAACGCACUCCAUGUAGUACUUGCGGCCCUCCCAGCCCCCUUUUUGCUUUCCUUUUUUUU